AUGGGGCGUCGGGACGGGUUUCGAACCCUACGCGGAGACAGUUCUGUCUUCACUGACACUAUACUUGAAGAAACGGCGAAUUUCGAAGUGAAUGGAACGGCGUCGUCUAACGGGGAUGAGGAAGUGGCGGAGGAUUGCGAGGGCUUGCUCACGCGGCGAGAUGAAGCAGUAGGCUACGAGGGGGGUGGUUGCUACCCAUCGUGGGAUGAGGAGUAUCAUGCGCCUGAUGACGAUGAUGGGGGGCAUGAGAGUGAUGAUGAUGGGGGGCAUGAGAGUGAUGAUGAUGGGGGGCAUGAGAGUGAUGAUGAUGGGGGGCAUGAGAGCGAUGAUGAUGGGGGGCAUGAGAGCGAUGAUGAUGGGGGGCAUGAGAGCGAUGAUGAUGGGGGGCAUGAGAGCGAUGAUGAUGGGGGGCAUGAGAGCGAUGAUGAUGGGGGGCAUGAGAGCGAUGAUGAUGGGGGGCAUGAGAGCGAUGAUGGCCGAGGGUGUCAUGAUGGUGGGGGGUAUGCGUCUGAUGAUGGCGGGGGGCACAACGAGUUCGGUCCUGAGGAGGAGGAGGCAGAGAAGGCUAUGCUUGAAGAAGCAGAAAAGGCUAUGGAGGAGCGAUCCAUGGCGGAAGAGGGGGUCGCGGACGAGGCGGCGAAAGGGCGGCAGCGGCAGCAGUCGUGGCUGUCGAGUGUGGAGUGGUUCGUGUCGUGGCCGCUCAGACGACUCAGCCACCCGUGGCGUAAGCGUGUGCUGUGGGUGUGGGUGCUGGUGGCAGCGGCCAUCCUGUCGAUGGUGUUUCUAACGGCGUGGCAGCAUGUCAAGGUGCACGAGAUGCACGACACGCCCAGGCCCGUGCUUCUCUUUUUUUGCCCCUCUGCUCACGCCCCCCCUCCCAACCUCCCCGUUCGCCCUCCCACGCCCCCUCACUUCCCCGCCAGACCAUCCCCCUCCCAGCGUCUGCUAUGGGUGCGGCGUGUGCUGUGGGUGUGGGUGCUGGUGGCAGCAGGCAUCCUAUCGAUGGUGUUUUUCACGGCGUGGCAGCAUGCCAAGACAAACGAGAAGCGCGACCUGGAGGGGCACUGCGACGAGUGGGCGGCGUUCAUCGGCGCCAAGUUCAACACCACUGCCGCCAACACACGCUCCAUUUCCGACUUCAUCUGUGCUUACUACAUUGAUAGAAAGCCUCUGCCCAGCCACGCGGUUCUUCCGUCUCCCCCACUGAGUUCUUCAUUCGUGGCGUUCACUCUCCUCGUGAACAACUCGUUCAUCCGAGACAGAAUCGAGAGGACCGCCGGCCACUGCCUUUACGGGCUCGAGCCUAAUGGCUCCAUGUCUUGCCGCCCGCGUGGGCUGCCCCUGUACGCGCCACUGCUGGUCUUCAACGCGCGCAAGGACUACAACCCGCGGCUGAGGCCCGCUGUUGCUGGAUGCUGUUAUGACAUGCUGGAUGGUGAGUCAACGCUAUGGCAGGGAAUCAUGAAUCACUCCCUCCUCUCCACCCUGCCCUCCUUCACCACCGCCUCCCACCCCCUGCCACCCCCGCCCACCCCGUCCCACCCCGUCCCACUGUCCGUCUCAGACCCAGGAGUGAGUGACAUGAUCCACCGAGCCAUCGAUUCAGCCGCCGCCGUCAUGUCUGCGCCUUUCAUGCGCGACAACUACCCCUACCAUUUCAUCAGCCAAGUCUUCCCAGUCUACUUCAACCUCACCACCUUCGCCCUGCCCCCCUCGCCCUCCCCUCCCUCCGUCGCCAUCCCUCCGCUUGCCACCCCUGGCCCCGGGGUGCUUCCCCGGGGGUUCGUCGUUGCGGGGUAUAACUUUGCAAACCUGAGAUCGCUUGUGGGGUUUCAGCAGCUGGUGGAUCUGAAGACGAGGGUUUACCUGGUGGACGGUACCAAAGGGGGGGCUUGGGAUGGUGCGCGGAAUAAGGCAGCACGGAAUGAGGACGGAAAGACUGAUAGAUGGAUGCCUGCGCUGUUAUUUGACCAUGAGGGGGUGGUGGGUGAGGAGGAGAUUGGCGCGUGGAUGGUGGAUGGGGAGGAGAAGAGCGGGGGAGAGCACACCUCAUACAGCAGGCCAUUCGGCCCGUUCAUCUGGAUAAUAGUCGCCGUGCUCUUCAUGGCCGUCUCCACCUUCCUCCUCUGGACGAGCAUCCAGCUCAUGCACGCCUUUGAGUGCGACUGCCAGCACCUGGCGAUAGCGCAGGAGGAGCUGCGCACCGCGCGGGUGGAGGCGGAGGCGGCGAGCCGCGCCAAGGGAGACUUCCUCACGACUGUGAGCCUCGAGAUCCGCACGCCCAUGAACGGUGUCAUAGGUAUGUUAAACCUGCUGAUGGAGACCCCUCUGGACGGCACGCAGCAGGACUAUGCGGAGACGGCAUGCAGCAGCGGGCGGGCGCUGUGUGCGCUGAUCAACGACAUUCUCGACCUCUCCAAGAUCGAGGCCGAAAAGCUGCACCUCGAACGCAUCCCGUUGGACCUGCGCGCCGAGCUCGACGACGUCCUCACACUCUUCGUGGAGAGCGCCCAGGAGAAGCGCUCGGUGGAGCUGGCAGCCUUCGUGGCCGCCGAUGUGCCCAAGACGCUGCUUGGGGACCCGCUUCGAGUGAAGCAGAUACUCAUCAAUCUCAUCGGUAACGCCCUCAAGUUCACCACCAAGGGCCAUGUCUUCAUUUCCGUGCGCCUCGCAACCGCCACCGAGAGCAACAACAACAAUGGUGAUAACGGCGGUGCUCCCCCGUCGCUGCCUGUGCGCCUGAUGGUGGCUGUGGAAGACACAGGUACGGGCAUCCCGCGCCAUGCUCGGAGGCACAUCUUCCGGCCGUACGCCCAGGCAGAGCGCAGCACGGCACGGCUGCAUGGAGGCACGGGCAUCGGCCUCUCCAUCUGCAAGCGCCUGGUGUCGAUGAUGGGCGGAUCCAUCUCCUUCACCAGCAAGCCAGGCGUCGGCACCACCUUCCUCUUCGAUAUCCUCCUCCACACGCCCCCUCUCCCUCACCCUCCUCCCUCCCCUCCUCAUCCUCCCAAACCCAACACCCCUCCACAAACCAGCACUUCUCCUCAUGCCCCUGUCCCACCUCCCCCCUCUCUCUCACUCCCUCCGCCCCUGCUUACGGCAUCUCCAACCUCUUCUCGAACCGAUGGAGCUCUCACUACCAACCCCUCUGCUGCCACUCCCUCUGGCCCUCCAUGCAUCUCCUCUCCUCUUACUCAAAACGCCUGCAACGUGCCUCCCCAAGGCCCAGGCAACCAGCAGCAGCAUCAGUUGGCAUGCUGGUUAGAGAAGCAGGAGCAGGAGCAGGAGCAGGAGCGGCUUUCCUGCACACAAACCAGCACAGGACCUAUCAGCAACCACUCAUGUCCUCCUCUCAAGCCUCAUCUCGAGCCGUUGGGUCAUUUUCUUGAGCCGCUGACUCAUCCUCUCGAGCCCCUGACUCAUCCUCUCGAGCCGCUGACUCAUCCUCUCAAGCCGCUGACUCAUCCUCUCGAGCCUCCUCUGGAGCCGUUUGGCUCGCCGGCUGUUCUUGUCACUUCUCUUGCCUUCCGCCCCUCUGCCUCCACCCGCACUGCUUCUUCCGACCGUUGCUCCCCUCUCUCUCUCGCUCCCCUUUCCCGCCAGUCCUCCUGCCCUCCUCUUUCGGUUCUUGUCCACUCUUCAAGCGAGAAUGGCUUGGAUGAAAGGGAGGAGGAGCAGUCGUCGCAUCAAAGGACGCAGAUGCUCUUGCGGAAGCAGCAGGAGGAAGAGGGAGAGGAGGAGGAGGGGGAAGGGGAGGGGGAGGAGGAAGGCAAAAAGGAGGAGGAAGACGAGGAAGAAGGGGUGGAGGUGGAUGGAGAGGAGGGGGUGCAGCAGCAGCAGGUGCACUACAAGUGCUUGAGCAAGGAGGAGAGGCGGGGAUGGGUGGGGGCGGUGGUGGUGGAGGGGGAGAUGAUGCAGCGGCUGGGCGUCACAGCAGAUCAUUUCCAUUCUCUCUUGAUGGACCAGGGGGGGGCUGGGAUGGCGGGAUCUGGCGAACCGAUGAGCGAGCGAGAGCAGAUGAGUGCGGACGAGCACGUGAGUGAGAGAGAGCAGACGAGCAAGGGAGGACACAUGAGUGGGGGCAGGAAGGAAGGUGGGGGGAUGACAAGGGAGGGAGUGGGCAGGUGUGCAGUGGAGGCAAAAGCACAUGAAAGCAAGAGCAUCAAGCAAAGCAGCUUGCAUGGGUGGCCCGUCCCCUUCCUUGUGCUCGUGCACGGCUCUCUCCCCCUCCCACCCACUUCUCGUGCCGGAGGCCUUCCCGCGGCUGACAGCUUCAGCUGUUACGAAAAGGAUGCUUAUAAAGGGGACAGCUUUUCCCAAGACCCUGAUUCGGGCGGUCACAAGGAGGUCACCUGUGAGGCGCCACGGAAACGGAGGGGUCGGACUGGAGAGCGGAGCAGGGACAUGAGUAGGAGAAGCAGCUGUAAGAGCAAGGAGAGGGGCGGAAAGGCUGAAAUAUUGGAUGGCAGGCCGGCGCUGCUGGCGGCGCUUCUGCCGCUGUUCCCUGUGGGCCCGGAGCGAAGUGAGUGUGAGCUGGAGGGUGAAGGAGGAGGAGGAAGAGGCAAGUACGAGGAAGCAGCUCAGGGAGGGAUGAGAGGCGGGUGUCAUAUUUCCCUCACUUCCCCUCAGUCGCUCGAUUCCCCCCGCUUGUUUAAGUUGCGCCGAUCUCACUCUCCCACCUCUCCCACCUCUCCCACCUCUCCCACCACACCCAACACUCCCACCACUCCCACCACACCCACCACUCCCACCACUCCCGCUUCUGACUCGGCCAGAUUCAAAGCUGCAAGCCCUGUGGCGGCACGAAACACGUCACCCAAUGCCAAGACUGGCCGUGUUGCCUCUCUACCGGAAAUAGGGCUGAUCGUGUGUGAGGAGGAGACAUCGCUUGGAGGGCGGCAGCAGCAGCAGCAGCAGCAGCAGGGCAUGGAUGGCAAUAGUGCCUCCUUGGUGAACCAAGGUGCUGGUGGCGAUGAUGGUGCUGCUGCUGCUGCUGCUGCUGCUGCUGCUGCUGCUGCUGCUGCUGCUGCUGCUGCUGCUGCUGCUGCUGCUGCUGCUGCUGCUGCUGCUGCUGCUGCUGCUGCGGCUGCUGCUGCUGCUGCGGCUGCUGCGGCUGGUGGUGGUGGUGGCAGAGUGAGUGGGUUUGAGAGUGUGCUGGAUUUCGUAGGGUUCUCUCCUGCCACUUCUUGUUCCUUGCUUGGAACACUUUCCCCUGCCCUUACACGCACACCAUCGCCGUCACUCUCACCAGCCCCAGCACCUGCUACACCACAACCAGCAUUUUCAACAGUAGCACAAACAGCAGCAGCAGCAGCCCCGGCAGCAGCGGCAGGGGAGCCGGCGACUGUUGGGGAGACGCUGGCGGUGCUGUGGGGUCGGCGGGUGAUGGUGGUGGAUGACAACCUCAUCAACCGCAAGGUGGCCAGCAAGCUGCUGGAGAGGCACGGCGCGCGAGUCACUGCCGUGGAUGGCGGCAUCAAGGCGCUUCAAGCCCUCACCCCGCCCCACCCCUACGACCUGGUAUUUAUGGACGUCCAGAUGCCAGGCAUGGAUGGGCUGGAAGCGACUCGCAGGAUCCGAGCGCGGGAGAGGGCUCAGGGCGGGGGGCAUGUGGCCAUCAUUGCACUCACAGCGGAUGUGAUUGCCGGCACGCGCCAGCACUGCUUUGCCGUCGGCAUGGAUGACUACCUCUCCAAACCCCUCCACGACACUCACCUCUCCAAGGUUUCUCCGUGGAUGAGCGUCAUUGGGAAUGGCGCACGCGGAACGGCCGAGGAAAAGGAUAGUUGGGGGAACGAGGCGGAGGCGGCGAGAGAAGUAAGAGCGGAAGACGCAGGGGAGAGUGAGAGGGACGACAGGAGUGAAUGUAUUUCGGAAGAUGAUGAGGAGUAUCAUGCAUCUGAUCAUGAUGGGGCCCAUGCGAGUGAUGAAGGGGGGCAUGCGAGUGAUGAUGGGGGGCAUGCGAGUGAUGAAGGGGGGCAUGCGAGUGAUGAUUGGGGCAAUGCGAGUGAAGAUGGGGGGGGCAAUGCGAGUGAAGAUGGGGGCAAUGCGAGUGAAGAUGGACGGGGGUAUGAGUUCGGCCCUGAGGAGGAGGAGGCAGAGAGAGCUAUGCUCGAGGAAGCGGAGAAGGCUACUAUGCAGGAGCGAUGUAUGGCGGGAGUCGCGGAGGAGGCGGCGAAAGGGCGGCAGUCGUGGCUGUGGAGUGUUUUGUGGUUCGUGUCGUGGCCGCUCAGACGAAUCAGCCACGUGUGGCGCAAGCGUCUGCUGUGGGGGUGGGUGGUGAUGGCAGGGGCGAUCCUACUGAUGGUGUUUGCGGCGGCGUGGCGGCAGGCCAAGGCAGGCGAGAGGGAGGACCUAGAGGGGCACUGCGAUGAGUGGGCCUCCUUUAUCGAGGCCAAGUUCAACACCACUGCCGCCAACACACGCGCUGUCUCCGAUUUUAUGCGCGCCUAUUACUUUGAUAAGUACGGGCAGAACCGCCGCCGGAUUGCUUGUGCUGCUUCUCCCAGUGCUGCAAGGGGCUUGAUGCGCCUCCCUCCAAAGCAAGGUACUGCGAUGCAAGUCACUUUUGACAUUACUCAAAAGUGA